GGUACCAUGCAAGAGGGAGGGAGGUAUUAGGUUCACCAUGAAUGGGAAUCCUUAUUUCAAUCUAAUAAAAGUGUGGAAUGUUGGAGGAGCUGGGGAAAUAGUAAGAGUGCAAGUGAUGAAGGAUGAUGGCAAGUUCAAAUGGACAGAUUUGAGGCGAAAUUGGGGUCAGAAUUGGGAUACAGAUGUUAGGUUAGUGGGAGAGAGAUUGAGCUUCAGGGUGACAGCAAGUGAUGGAAGGUCCAGUGUCUCAAGGCGUGUCGCCCCUAAGUAUUGGCAGUUUGGUCAGACCUAUGAAGGCAAAAACUUCCCAUAA